CUACGGCGUGCACUUUUUCUGGGGCCAUGGCUGCGCUUUUUCCACAGCUGGCAUACCUAGCUUUUCCCUCACCUUGCUGUGCAGAGUCCAGACUGGUCAUGGUGACUCAUCUGUGACAGACGUGUGCAUGAGCUCUUGUUUCCUCCCUGCGCCAUCAGCUCCUGCUUCCCUUCUGUGGCCUUCUUUGGUCUAACAAAGGUUUGACAUCGCGCUUUGCCAUAGUUUAAGGGCAGCGCUCAGCGCCCUCUUAUCUUUCAGCAGCAAAACUUGAAUUCUCUGUAUGGACAACUCGUCGUCCCUGCCGGACGAGCUCUGGCUUGCAGUCCUCCACGCCGGCAUUGACAAUCUUGGGUGGGAGUGCCGGGACGUGUGCAGCCUGGGCCUUGUCAGCCGGCGCUUGCAUGGGCUGACAGACUCUAAUGACCUGUGGGCCAAGCUGUGGAGUAAGGAAUGGCCUGGGGAUGUCAAGAAGGAGGAUCCCGGCUGCUGGAAGAGGGUCUUCCGCUUCAGGUAUGAGCGAGAGGCGACACAGCGCAAGAUGGCCCACAACCGAAAGGUGCUGCGGCUGCAGAGCAAGGCCGCUGUGCUUCGGCGAGACGCACGAACCGACGAGAGGACCCUGCAGGAUGAAUGUGGACGCCUGGUCACGACGCAAGGGAAGCUGAAGGAGCUCGAGCAACAAAGGCAGGCGUCCGCUGCGGUCCAGGUCUGGCAGCCGGUCGCCGUGCACAAUCGGCUGUCUGACCUCUUGGAGCAGCAAGCUGUCCCCAUCGGCGCCCAGGCUGAAGCCCUGCGGCACGAGCUGGCGGUGUGUGAGCUGCGGAUUGCGCAGCUGCGGAGAAGCAAGAAACGGAAGCUCGCGGAGGCGGACGAGAUUGACAGCCGGGUGGCGCACUUACAAUACGACCCUGUGACUGCCCUCGCGGAGGAGCGGCAAAGUCGAAGGAGAGAUGCGGCUCGCAAAGAGUCAGUCAGGGCUGAGCAAGCUGCGGCUGAGAAGGCUGCUUUCGAAGCACAGCGCGAAAAGAGGGAGGAGCCGGUGCUAAACGAAAAGGGGGCAGAUGUCGAGCAUUCGGCACUAGCGAGUCAUAGACAGCCGAAACGAGCUCGAGUUGAGAAGGACUCGAGCGUCGUACAUAGGGAAAGCAGCACAUCGUAUUGCAGUGGGGGAAGUGUCGACCAAAAGCUUAGUGGUGAUGGGGGGCAGUCGUUGAAUUGUGAAGGUGAGAGUAGGGAACCCAGGAGGCGAAGCCUGGCGCACAUAGAUUGGUCGAAGGUUGGUAUGCGGCCAGCUUCGCCCCAGUUGUCCACUAUCACGAGCAAGCAGCGAAUUUGAGUUAUCGGUGAUGUCGGGGUGUAGUUAGGGAAAAAACAAUUCUGGUGCACAGGUUUGAAAAAGUCACUCGUUACAGCCG